UUAGAAAUUAUUUUGCUUCAGUUAAAGGUGUUUGUUUUGACUGUGUCUCCUUAAUUGUCAAUGGACAAUAGUUUCAUUACCAAUAACUGCCCCUCUUUUUUCAUUACCACUUUUCAUGCAUAUCUUAAAGGCAUUGAGGUUACAACAAUUGUAAAUUAAAUUAACAGUUAUGUGAAUCAAUUAGUGUAAAAAUCAUAAACAGUUUGCUGCUUAAUGUGGAAAUGUAAUAAGUAGGAACACAGAUUCGAUUUUGAAGAUGUCUUGCACUGAGGUGAAUCCGGGGGCCUCUGUUGAGAGUGUUCUGGUGACAACAGAUUCGUGCGAGAAUUUUGAGCAAAUGAGCUCUAGUUUGGAGGAGAUCAAAAAUUAUGUGGGAAAGUCUCCAGAGGUAUCAGACAGCAGCACAAGCGUAGAUAAUUUGGAAGAAAGCAAUUCUUUGAAUGCAGUUGGAUCAGAUGAUGAUUAUAUCAGGAGUAAGGAUUGGCUGGAGAAGAAGAAACAUAUAUUUGUUCUAAGCUCUGCUGGUAAACCAAUAUACUCAAGGUAUGGUAUUGAGGAUAAACUGGUGACUAUGUUUGGGGUUAUGCAGGCUUUAGUUAGUUUUGUGCAGGAUCAAAACGAUACAAUUAAUUGUAUACAUGCGGGCAGCACCAAAUAUGUAUUCUUGAAUAAGAAUCAUCUGAUAUUGGUGGCGAUUUCUAAGACGGAGGAGAGCGUGCCGCAAUUGGUGUCUCAGUUAAAUUAUGUCUUCAAUCAAAUAGCCAGUAUACUUACUUUAACGAGAUUGAAUAAAAUUUACGAGCAACGGAGGAAUUAUGAUUUGAGGAGGCUUCUCUCGGGUGUCGAGAGGAUCAUCGAUCACCUGUUGAACUUUUACGAAAUCGAACCUGCUUUGACUUUGGGGGCUGUGCAGUGCCUAUCUUUGCCACCUUCGAUCAGAGAUACCAUAAGCUCGGCUAUUACUCAAGCUUGCAGUAAAAUUAAGAAUUUGGUUUUUGCCAUUUUGUUGGCUAAUAAUAAGCUGAUAACACUUGUGCGUAUGAAGAAAUACGCAAUUCAUCCUGCAGAUCUUCACCUGAUCUUCAAUCUGGUGCAAGCGUCGGAGAGCUUCAAAACGGUAGAGAGCUGGACUCCGUUGUGUCUACCCCGAUUUGAUGCCAGUGGAUUCCUUUAUGGACACGUAUCAUAUCUAGCAGAAGAUUGUCAGGCGUGUCUUCUGCUGUUAACCGUCGAGAGGGAUGUAUUCUUCACGCUUAGCGAAGCCAAACAUAAGAUCGUGGAGAAGAUGCGCAGAGCUAACUGCUUAGAGGCCAUCAACGAAUCUUUGAAUUCGACGGAUGGUACUUGUCUGAACGCAGGCUUCCCCGAGCUGAGGCAUUACAUCUACAAGUCCAAAUCUACCGCCCAAUUCCAUCAACCUGAAAUAUCAGCCCCAUAUAUCAACAACACGGAACGACUACUUAUGUUGUACAAGAGAGCCCACAGACGUUUGCACAGCGUUGGAAGACCAUUAAAACUGCUUUUCGAAAGGUCCCCGCAGGAGGCCGUCCUCGCCUGGGAUACUCGAGGUUUUGAGCUGUACGUGAUCUUGGAACCUCUGAUCGAAACUUCGGCUGCGAUCGCAAGCGUCGGUAAGCUCUUGAAUUGGAUCAAGAAGAGGGAAGAUAAACUAUUCCACCUGAACGCUCCUACCUUCUAGUUGCAAUUCUUACAAAAA